CCCUUGUAAAACAACAAUAUUGACAACAACAACAUCCCUACUACUGCCGUAUAAAAUGGAGAGCAAGUGUAUGAGCGUGUAUCCUGGAGCGUGCACUGUAGCUCUAAGGCGAGUUAUGGACGCGAUGUCGUUGUUCUAUGAAAAGCGCUCAGAAGCCCAUCGACGCAAACAUUUUAAAGUGAUCCAAUGUCCAAGGCCAGGACUGUGUUUCGUCUUCCACGGCAUGAUCCUUAUGGCAUGUGAGCAUUUUGUUAUUGAUUUUCUCACCAAGCAGGGAAGUGAAAUAUGCGAGGAGUGCGAUGUACUACUGCAAAUAGGAUCACGACUUCCUCAAAAUUAUAUAACGCGCAAUUCUCGUCUUAAGGGAAAAUGGGGACCCGAGGAAAAUUCAUCAUAUUUAACCUUCCAGCUGAACCGGGGAAAGUCUUUUUGGAUGCAAAUAUUGCUUACUGAGGAGUGCUUCUUUAUUUCUGUCAACGGCUAUCAUUUUGCGAAAUAUAUUCACCGUAUGCCUUAUCGCUGGUUGGAAGCUGUGGAUGUACUCGGAGAUGUUUCCGACAUCGUUAUCGAUACAUACUAUGUUUCCGAGUAUCCUAUACGCCUAACACACUCAUUGCCUCGAACCAUUCCACAUUCAACCAAACUUCCCCGAGAUGGAGAGAAUGUGGAAACUGAAUGGAUGGUCUUAUCUUCUCUGGCAAAGAUGUCAUCUAAAAAGUUCCUCUACCAGCCGAGCCUCCCUCUUCCUUACUAUGGAAAGCUGUUGGAAGAAAACUUCCUCAUUGAAGGAAGUUCACUUCGAAUCGAAGGUCGUGUCCGAUUGAUGCCCCAAAGAUUCAGUAUAGCGUUUCAGAAAGGACAGGAAAUUUGGCCGCAACCCACAGUGUCAUUCUAUUUCAGUCCAUGUUUCUUGCGUAGUAGACAUGACAAAAUCGGCACGGCUAUUAUUACACGACGUGCCUAUUUAAACGGCGAUUGGGUGAACGGCACAGUGUCUCGCUUAAAUACAAGUCUAAGGCCAGGAGGUGCGUUUGUCAUAGUAAUUGCUUGCAGAGACAGCUAUUACGAAUUGUUUGUAAACAACAGGUCCUUGUUUCAUUUUAAGUAUCAAAUGAGGCCAGAGUGCGUCGACAUUGUGAAUAUUCGUGGAGAUAUCAAGCUUUGGGAAGUAGUCAUUGAAGGCAACACUACUUACAAAAAACCAAAAGUUCGAUCUGCUAUGGAACGAGCUAUAAGUGCCUGGAAGAGAUCCGAAAUCCCCCAACUUCAAAUAUAAUUCAAUCAUGCCGAAAAACGUAUUACAUGAAUUAAUAAAUCAAUGACGUCCAAAUAACUUUGAUUGCGCCUGCACCACACAUAUACGGAUCUUAUAAGAACUUUGCAAUUAAAAUAUUUAUGCGCCCUGAUCCUAGGGAUCCGCAGAGCUCCGCUCAUAAAUGUCAAUGCGCUCUAGACGUCAAGCGGUUGUCUGCCCAUAACCGGGUCGGAUAGCAAAAGCAGACUCAGCUUCUUUCAGCGAGUCCGCCAGCUGAGGCCGCCUUAAGGGCAUCGGAAAAUGAUUAUUAAAAAUGAUAAUCGAUUAAGGACGCAGUAUGGCCGAGCUGCUCGAGUCGCCACUGCAGAGGGAAGGCUGUCCUGAAUUGACGUUUAUGUCUACAUGUGUUUCUGAAGACAGUUGACAUUGUUUUUUCACGGCCAGCAAAAAGCAGCAGCAAAAGAGCCAAGCCGAAAACGUCCAGCCUGCACAUAUUUCCCAAGGCUCGGCCAAGGCAGUAGAAAAGCGUCUGCAAACUAAAAAAUAUUAUUUAUGAUUCAAGUCUGUUCGUGUCAAGCAUGCUUUGGACCAUUUUGCUAAUGAUGUAGAAUACUGAUGUUUAAACGACAAGGGCACAUUGUCAAUGGGUCCAAAUUUUACUUUGUAUUGUAAUUUUUGAAAUCAUUCUAGGAUUUACGUAAAUUUAACGUAAUUAUUAUGAAAAUUAUUCUAUGGAUAAUGAAUAAGUGAAUAUUAGGAUCUUUAUAAUGUAUGUAGCAGAUAUAACAAUCGUUUCAAUCUAAUAAGGAAUAUGCGUAGUUAGUUUGCUGCAUAGCAAAACUUUGUUUCAAAAGUUUUUAAUGCCCUCUAUAAUGCUUUAUGGUCACAACCAACCUUAGUUGAAAUUAAUCAAAAUACCAUUCGGCUAUGCUCCUGCUGUGUGCUAUAUUGGCUACUUUUGCCACUUAUUUAAUCGGUUAUGUUCAUUUUAUAACUCAAAAAUAAAAAAAAAAAUCAGAAAAUGCAACAAUAUAUUUUUAGGUUUGAGGCAUUUGCGCAGUUGUUUGGACUGAUUCUCUUUUUUUUUUGAUGCAACCAUUUUUCUCCCUGGCUAUAGUCAUGGAAUACGCCCAUGGUUUAAAAUUUUUGGUUAAAUUGAAAAAUUUCUGGCCAAACCAGAUCAAUCAAAUAUCACAAAUUUGGGCAAGACGGCAAUACUGAACUGAAAAGUAAAUGGUAACAAAUGCAUUCGCACCAAUUUACAACAUGACGUUGUCCUCAUUGGACUUACCGAUUAGCCAGCCAGACGCAAAAUGAGUAGGCUUAUCAAUAUUCUGAAUGUGUUCUCAUGUCACACAGAACACUGUGCAAUCAAUGGCUCCGCAGUGCGGUAGCUCUGGUACAUUCUAAAUUAAACCUCAAUUGAGGUUUUGUCCUCUGUUCCUCCUUAGUCCCCUUAGUGUUCCUGUGCCCAAAGGUUUGCCACAGCAGCUGCCACUGCCAAUUGUUUGAAAUGGUCAACGGAAUGCAACCCGUUUCUCAUUCGUCGUAAGCAUCCAGCGAAACCGAGUUCUUGCGCCUGGUGCCUUUCAUGCCGAAUUGCAAGCCAAAAACAAAGUUAUCGAAAAAUUGCUCUGCGGAUUUUUAUAUGGCUCUCCGACGCAUUUUUUGCUCGGGUUGCUCUCCAUUGUUUUUAUUAUAUUGGGCAUGUAAUAAUCAAAGGAUUCGCACUUACUGAUCGGACGUAUCAAUUCGAAUUCGCUCUGUUAAACCAAUUACAAGCCAAAACAAACAUAGUUGGUAUUUUAUGUGAACACUGUAUUUGAAAGGACUAAACAAGCGUUUUUAACAUUACUUACAUAUUUCCAUAUAUUAGCUAUACAAAUGUUUUUUUUCUUAUUUCAGGUCGUUUAACCUCUUAUACUUAUUUUCAUUCUUCUUGUUCGGUGCUCCAUGAAUUAAGUAGAUGCAGGGUAUUUUCUCAAAACGAGGUUAGACCGAUCGUUUCCCCUUUAUAUCAUCGCUGGAUAUAUACCGGCAUGUUUAAGUGUGUGCACCUCCAAGUAAGGGACCAGUGAUCAGACUGGAGCACCGGCUCUCGAAUUCCCAGAAUAUCGCCCGAGAUCAAUCUUACACUCGUUAGAUUGCAUAUUUUCAUAUAGUAGUUGGAUACAUCGUUCUUUCGCAUCCAUUUUCGGUUUUGCUGUUCCGAUGCCAUACACUAGAAGCCGGCGGCGUCAACGUGUGCUCCUGCUACUUUCAGUUUUAUAAAAGCCGUCAAUAACGCCUUGAAGGGCAACCAUUUAAGAGAUUUGAUUGUCUUCAGAUAGUCAGCAACUAUGAUUUCUUUUAACGUAUAUGUUAUAUAUGUACAUAUAUAGUCGCGAUAUACACAUAUAUAUGCUAUGCUAUAUAUACGCUAUAGUUCAUAAAUCUCGUACAUAUAAAUAUCACAUAUGUAAAUGUCCUGCGCCAGGUUGUGUCUAUUUCGAAAAGCACACAAAGAUUCGUCUUUCAAGGUGCCAUAUUUGCUGGGGCCAGCCAGGCAAGUGCGAGUGGCAUUCUGAGUUGGUCCAGAAGGGCAUAUGGCGUAGAAGUAUGGACUUAUUGGCGCCAUUUCAUUGCGCAUGUCCAUGUCUUGGAUUACUGGGAUGGUAUGGAUUUGGCAAUUGCAAUGAAAUGGAAGUGGACACAGAUGGUUCCAGUUGAAAUAUGUAAAUGCGUAAAUAUGUUAGCGGGGGAUGAGUCAUUUGACGUGUAGCUCGGUCUUAGGAGUGUUAUAAAAUAAAAAAGGAACUACAUAAUGUUGUAAUUUGUUUUCAAUAUUGCAUCAGUUGUUUACGCAUCUAUGGUUAACUUAAUCUUUAAUUAUUAAGGUAAUAAGGUAAUAAGGAAAUUACUUCGUGCUUCAGAAUCAAGGCGGCUUCAGAAUAGAUGUAUUCGUUCAGACUAAAAGUGUGCAUAUGAGUCAAAUGGAAAGGUUUCUUCUAAAUAUUUUACGCGACAUUUGCUAGACAUCCAUUUGGCAUGCAAUAAAGAGUGACUGUCACACUCGUCGCCUAAUAGCUAUCUUUCCUUUUCCUUCACUAUUGCUAGGUCAGCUAUUGGACUGUCACGAGCCCACAAGUCGUCGUCUGGUUUUAUUUUAAAAUUGUCAAUAGCGCCUUGCAAUCUAGGCGCCAACUAAUAGUGUGCGUGUGGGUCUUGACGUACACAUACACAAUUCCCUACCAAGUUUUUCUCAACCUUACCUCCUUACAUAGCGAAUAGAAUUUUGCCUGCCGCCAGCUGCAUAAAAAUAUCUAUUGAUGUGUAUCAAAUCAAUGAUUUCAUACUUCUGUGGACGGUUCUAUGAUGCACAACAAUUGUGAAAAGCGCAGUAUUAAAAAAAAAAUGCAUAUUGCAAAAUGUGUUACCAAAGGGCUAAAGAACAACAUUAAAAUGGCUUUGCUGGAGGAAAUCCUAAAACGGAGAUAUUUAGCAUCUAUUUUUAGCCCUCGUCUAUAACGGUUAAUUAUCAAUGUAGUCCAAGCAGCAUUGAUCGUGCUAAUUUGUACGCAUAUUUAAUGAGAAGAUCACGCUAGCUAGCUCGGCAUGUGAUGCCAAGACGGUACUUAGUUUAUUGGCUCACCCUCGCACCAACACCUUGUGAGGCACACGCGCAACUGGCAACUGCCCCGAAAUAGACGUUGCCACACCUGUGACAGGUGCGACAAUAUUUGUCGUCUGCUAUAACUUAAAGCUGCAACUACAAUUGUAUGUGGUAUUUUUAGACGACUUUAAAGUCAAUAUUUGCGCAACAAUUUUUCAGUUUGCUCCGACUUAAAUAACAUCUCGUCACGACAUGUGAUGCACCGGUUUACCAUAGUUUAUAUUUUUUAACUUAUUUACACAAAUGCUAAUUUGUAGCUUUGCUACUAGAAGUUAUUUUUAUAUGAGCAGAUGUUCAUUUUUGAUAUUUUUAAUAUUAUUGGUUUCGAAGAGAAUACAAAUUUUAAAACACAGAAUAUGGCUGGGAUUGUCUUUAAAUUCGAUGUUAACGCAAGAAAAGUUAAUAUUAAUUUAUGCAGGGUCUUCGCAAAUUUCCCCAAAUUCAUUAAAAAAUUAUACAUAUUACACAGUAACGUUCUUGCUAUUUUCUUAACAAAUUACGGAUACCACAAGCCUAGCAAUCUCUAUUUUGUGUGUGUAAUUAAUGUGGAAAUUAUCUUAAAUUAUGUUUUAUUAAUAUUUUAUUAGGAAAGUGGAGGUACUUUCAAAUAGAUGUGUAAAUCGCAGGUCUAGCUCCCACCUGCUUUUUGUUGAAUAACGCCUAUGCUUAAGUCAUUAUAUAUGUACUGAUCGGAAAUUGCUGUAAUUAACCUGUUUUCUAUAGGAUUCUAAGCUGAUGUAAUUUGUUCUGGAUAUUGCACUGGGUCAACUAGAUGCAGGUUCUUUGUUAAUUAUAUGCAUAGUUAACAGUGCUGAGCUCUUUCAGAGUACGUCAUAAGUUCUAAUGCACUGUCAACUUACUGUGAUAUUGGUAAACUUUGUGCCUGCUAGAUAAGCUGACAAAUAUAUUUCCGAACCUGAUAAGGGGACUAAGUUGUGCCAAAACUCGUUAUGAUAACGUGGAUGCGUUCAGGUGUACUUAAAUCGAUAGCCUGCCGUUCUUUGCGCACCUGUUGAGUUUUUAAUAUCACGAAAUAGCUUGUUGCAAACGAUAAGAUUGUUUAACGUACAGACAUAAAAUAACCCUUAACGCCGUCAUUUCUAUAUGGUUUCCUUUAGUGCGCUUGCACCCAGAUGACUAAUAUUUUAACUGCAACCCCAAAAACAACUGUCUCUCGCGACCACCUGAAAUCCCAACUCUAUAUAAAAAUACAUUCUCUUUAUGGUCAGUUUUGUGUAUUUCCUGAUUCUAUGGCACGUACACUUAUGUCAAUGUAUACAAAACAAUGAGAUUACAAUUGGAGAGGAAACAUCUACAGUAUUUUACACAAACUGAAAUUUGUUAUAUUCUUUAUUUAAUUUUGUAACUACGGAUUUUUAAUUACUACUGAUUUUUUCUGUUGUAUGCAAUUCGUAAAAGAAGAAUUGAUCUUAUUAUAGAGGUACAUGUAAAAAAAUAUACAUUUUCAUAUUCAGUCCUAAGUUAACUAAAGUUGAUGGUGAAAUUACAACAUUUUGGCAAAGCUUCUUUUAAAAAUAUGUAAAUUAAUAUAAAAAUCCUGUUUGAAACAAGAAACUGAAAAAUUUUUAGUUAAAUAUAUGGUUUACAUUAUUGUCAUUUACAUAGGUGUUAAGGAUUCCGAUUAUUGUCUUUUUAUACACGCGUACAUAGAUGGCGUUGACUUUUUGUACUGACUAACAUGUUUCAGUAGGUAGAGAUUAAAUUAUGAUCACAUCGCUAGUAUUUAUUCAUAACAAUGUCAAUAUAAAAUACAAAUUGUAUGCAGGCACACUUAAAAAUUCUUCUUAAAACACAUGAAGUCUGUAUAUCUAACAAAGCCUUGAAAACUUUUAAAGCUAUUGGGCCACUGCUGGCCAAGACUCAAAGCUAAGGAUAGGAAUGCUGUAUGCAGAUUAACCUAAGCUCAAGCACAAAUAUUUAAAAAAUAGCAGAAAUCAGUCGCAUUUAAAGUCUAAAAAAGUAAGUUAUCCACUAAACUGGACAGAUUACUCGUCUUUCUUUCGUUUCACUUUUCCCUCCGUUUGGAUGGUUGAUGUUACAGCUUCUAAGCACGUGGCAAUGGACGGUACGGAUUGAUCGGCGCUGUAAUCCUCGCCAGCCAUUCUGCUUAAGGUUAGUAUAUAGGAACACGCCACCCGUAGAACGGAGAGUUUGGAAAGUUUUUGAGUGCUGGCAUAGGCUGGAACAGCUUGGCGGAGCGUUUCGUAGGCGGCUGAUAUGGUGUGUACACGGGUCCGUUCACGUGCGUUUGCCUCAAUGCGGCGCUCCCUAGUCAUAUUCUUGUAAUUGCGUUGAUGUUGAUGAGGUCGCGAAACUGAUGCCAAUCCCGUCUUGCUCAGAUCCUCAUCGCUAAGACUAGCGUCUAAAAAUGAAGAUGAUGUUGAUUCUUUUUGCGUCCUUUCCUUCAACGUUUUUUUGGCGGAUGGCUGUUUUCCAAUUAGCAAUGUGGAAAAGGCCUCUAUUUUAGGCCCCGCGUUGUCGACACAUUGCUUUUUGGUGGUUACUAAUGCGAGUGGUUCCAGCUGUUCUGGGUGUGCAGCAGGCGAUCUGUGAAGAGUCGUAACUCCCGGAUGGCGAACAUAUAUAUGUGCCGGAUUAGGCAUUAUUUCAUGCUGCAUGCGCAACGCGGAGGGUAUGCAACUGUUGGGCGGUGGAGAGUCUAUGGCUGGUGGUGUUAGGACAACUGCCGAAUCGGCGGAAGAUGUGUAUCGUAUGCGCUUCUUUAGCGGACCAGUUGCAUUCAUACUCGCACUGGACGGAGGAUCAGGCAUGGGCUUAGACUUGGGAGUCGUCAAACCUACGACUUUGAAAGGUUCCGAGCUCUUGCGUUUGUUGCGGACAAGGGCUAUUGGCUUGGAGUCCGCUGAGUCUGUUCCUUUUGGUCUGAUGUCGGGACUGCCACUGCGCGCGUGCUCGACGACCAAGUCGUCUCCGCCUUCGCUUUCGGAACUGGCGGAACAAAAACCCGCAUCACGGUCAUUGGAAUUGGGUGAAUCUAAAAAUAACAAAAAAUUAAAGAGUUAGUUGUCUUCUAUCUGUGACGUAUUACGCCGAACCGGUUACUAAUGUUUGGCAUUUCGUAUUCGUAAAUUAAAAAAACCCCCGUUUUCGCGGAACAGACUAGCCGGCCGAAUAGGGCUGCGACUGCCUUUGUGUGACACCCCUUCGACUUUUCAAAAUUCAAUAAAUCCCAAAUCUUUAGUUAUUAUUUUUUAUUACCAGCUGAUCGCAACUAAUUGGAUGACGUAGUUUUGACGUAUAUACGUAUUUUCUUCUCCAUAAUAAUCACACUAACUGUUCUUCUACCCUAUGAAAUCUAUUUAAUUCAUUUAAAUCGGAGAUUACAUGAGAAGAAAGACCAUAAUCUAAAGUGAAAUUAUGCAUUGAUCACGAAAACAAAACAGGUUUCCUCAAUUUACCACUGACCUCCACAAGUAUUGAAGUGCCGAAACGCAGCUUACUUGUUAAAAGUAAUUUAUUUCAAGUCUGGCGAAUAAAGCCAGUUCAAGUUCAGCAGCAGGCAGCCACUGCAUCAGAAGCCAACAACCCGGUUAGCAAUUUAAAAAAAAUCACAAUGCACAUAAACGAGCAUACACACAUGGAUCGAAUUUGUUUGCGAUUGCAACUUGAGGUGUGCCAACAAAGUAUAAAGGUAUAGAAUCUGCCAGGAUAUUCAAUGGUAUUCCGAUAUUUCAACCAAAAAAAACUUUUUUAUUUUUUGCUUUUGUCUCCAACAGCUAGUUUCUUGUAAUCAAUUAUUGUGUUAUCAGCAAUCAUACAUACAAUAAUUAUUUGUUAUUAAAUUUAAAUAAAUUACUGAAGCUAGGUUGGCACCUUUAUUGUAAAUGGAAUAAGUAAAUUUAUUCCCUGUUUGUUUGAACCGGUACGGGCAUUUAAAUAACACACAUUUACGGAAGGUAAGCUUUUUGCAUGUUUAUUCAACUAUUUAUAAGCACAAUAUUCUGCUAUCUUUUCUAAUUUUAGGCAGAUAAACAACGAAACGAAAUUCAAAGCAACUGACUGACAUUGCGGCCACGAAAUCAGGCUGUACAAACAACAUCAGUUUUAUAGCCCUACCUCCAUCCCAUGGGUUGCGUGGUUUAUAUACCGCACUUUAAUUUAUAUUUAGACAAAUGUUUACUUUUAAGCCACCGUCCUCGCAGACGUCGUCUCGUUCAAAACACCUGUGUAAAACGGAAACAUUUUUAAAGCUUGCAAAGUUUUUAAAAAUUAAAAUUUCUACCAAUUUAUAUUUUAGUUGUCCGUAUCAGACACUUAAAGGCACAUCUAAUGACUAAAGCAACUACAUCUGUGCAUAUUUUUAUUUUCGGUAUACACGGAAGAAGGUAUUAUUCUUGAUUGUUUAUAAUAAAAAUAUUUUAAGAUGCUUUUUGUA